CAGCGAGAAACAACAAAGAUGGAAGACGACGAACGGGGCGCUGGGCCAAGUGCCGGAAUGAAACCUCAAUUCUUCUACUCAGCAACGAGAGCCCGUAGGGCCCGAUUCGUGCCGCUCGAAGACGCGGAUGAAAUGUUCGCUCAGUUGGACAAUGGCAACCUAUCGGAUGUCGGCGACACUGAAGAUGAGGAAGACGAUGACUUCGUUUUUGAAGAGACUGGGAGCAAUGACGGCGUCCUUGAAACGCGGGAAGCGUCAGAUGAGUCGGACGAGUCAGACGAGGAACAGGCAUGUCAAGAAACAUCGUGGUGCCGGAAAGCUUUUCAGAAGCCGUCAGCCGAUUUCAGGGGAGUUUGCGAUGAAAAUGAACCUCUUCAAGGUGAGCUGCCAACGCCAUACGAAUAUUUCUCACGUUACGUGCCCAAGAGCGUUUUUGUUGAACUGGCUGACAAAACGAACAUGUAUUCAAAGAAGGCAGAUCGGUCCUAACAAAUGAAGAAGAAAUAAGGAAACUUAUGUCUCUGCAUUUGCUGAUGGGCGUUUUCAAAUACCCCCGUCUGCGUUUAUACUGGAAGCCUGUUCUGAAAACAGAAAUGUUCGCGAUGGCGGAUAUGUCAAGGAACCGCUUUGAAAAACUGCGCAACUGCCUCCACAUUGUCGACGUGACCAAAGAGAAUAAUUCCAGUGACCGCCUUUGGAAAGUGAGACCGCUGCUGACUUACUUCAAAGAAAGGUGCCACAAUAUUACGUUGGAGGAACGAUUAUGCAUUGACGCGCAGAUCAUACCAUUCAAAGGUAAACUCGACAUAAAACAAUACGUCAAGGGUAAACCAAAGCCGUGGGGCGUCAAGGUGUAUAUGUUGUGCGGAGCUUCCGGCAUCAUAUACGAUUUUCUUAUUUACCAAGGUUCAACGACAUGCCUGAAUCCAGACCAAAAGAAGGAAUUUGGCGUCACGGGUGCUUUGGUUCUUCACUUCACGUCAAGGAUUCCGGAUGGACUUGGACACAAAAUGUUUUUUGACAAUUUCUUUACAUCUCUGCCUGUGAUUCGAGAACUCGACAAGAAGAAGAUAUAUGCUGCCGGCACUAUACGCAUCAACAGGAUGCAAAAGUGUUUACUGAAAUCGGAGAAAGAAUUGAAAAAAGCUGGAAGAGGCUCCCAUGACACUUUAGUAAGCAGUGAUGGAAAGAUUGCCAUAACGCGGUGGUUGGAUAACCGCGCGGUGAACAUGGCAUCAAACUUCCUAGCUGUUGAAGAAGAAGAUUGUGUCUCCCGAUAGAGUAAGACAGAUGGUGCUUUCAUUGAAGUGAAACGGCCUGCUGUAGUGCAAGAAUGCAAUCAGAGCAUGGGAGGAGUUGACAAGACCGACUUUCUUGUGUCACUAUACUGCAUCAACAUUCGUUCUAGAAAAUGGACACUUCGCGUUAUUGCACACUUCAUAAACUUGGCUGUGACGAACUCCUGGCUGGAAUAUCGACGCGAUGCUGAGCAACAAGGACUACGCGUGAACGAUCAGAUGGACCUUCUAGAUUUCAUGCUGCAAGUUAUGGAUGCCCUAGCAAAAGCUGGUGUGGCUGUUGCGUCGCGAAAGCGUGGGAGACCGUCUUCUUCCCCGAUUCAGGCAUUGAAAAAGCUUCAGUGUGGCAAUCGAAGGCCAGUGGAAGAUGUCAGGUAUGACCAAACCGGUCACUGGCUUGUUGCGAAAGAAGAACAACAGCGCUGCAUGCUGGAAGGCUGCAAGGGCAAGCCAAGAAUCAAGUGUGAAAAGUGCAAUGUCCACCUCUGCCUCAUAAAUGGGAGAAACUGCUUCAAAGAAUUUUAUGUCCGUCACUGAACAUUACACGCGUUGCUAGAAACUAUUUUACUGCACCAAAGUAGGUGUAUAAAAUGGAAAAUAAACCGUUACACUAACAUUCA